UACACCGCGCGCUAAAGUUAUCCACUUCAACUACUCCCAACCCCUAAGCAGACUUUGUCAUCCAAAACUAUCAGACCUUUUAAGAAAACACUGCAAAGAAUUAAGUAACCUUUGUUCACUCGAGAGCGUUUGGAGUACCCCCUCCCUGGCGCGCGCUGCAUCUUGUUCUUGCGGUAGUUAUUUUGCUCAUGACCCCCUCCGCACAAAACGACAGUGUUUAUCUUUGUUUGAUUUUUUGGAGGUUUCACAUCCCCGCGAUAGUGUGGCUGGAUAACAAUUUUUUAUUUUUUUCCCCCCUUUUUUGAAAAGAGGACUUAAGUGAAUUUUAGUCAUUAAGGAAACAUUCAUCAACAAGUCUGGACUUGCUUUCGCAGUUUAAACAUCAGCCUUAUUGUGCCUCGUCGUUUAUUAAAAGUAGAAUGUCAUCUUUACCGGGAACAGUACCGCGAAUGAUGCGACCGGCGCCAGGACAGAACUAUCCCCGCACUGGAUUCCCCUUGGAAGUUUCAACUCCUCUGGGUCAAGGUCGAGUCAAUCAGCUUGGCGGAGUUUUCAUCAAUGGCAGGCCUUUGCCAAAUCAUAUCCGCCACAAAAUAGUUGAAAUGGCUCACCACGGCAUCCGUCCCUGCGUGAUCUCCCGACAACUUCGCGUUUCCCACGGUUGUGUGUCCAAAAUCCUCUGCCGGUAUCAAGAAACUGGCUCGAUCCGUCCUGGAGCAAUAGGAGGAAGCAAACCCAGACAGGUGGCAACACCUGACGUGGAAAAGCGAAUCGAAGAAUACAAGCGCGAUAAUCCCGGCAUGUUCAGUUGGGAGAUUCGGGAUAAACUGCUGAAGGACGGUGUGUGUGACAGAAGUACAGUUCCCUCAGGUGAGGCCUCAUCUGUAAGUUCUAUCAGUCGGGUUCUUCGUGCGCGAUUUGGCAAAAAAGACGAUGAGGACGACUGUGACAAAAAGGAUGACAGUGGGGAGAAAAAAACUAAGCACAGCAUUGACGGCAUACUGGGAGACAAAGGUCGAAUGGAUGAUGGCUCGGACAUUGAGUCUGAACCGGACCUGCCCUUGAAGAGGAAGCAGAGGCGCAGUCGGACCACCUUCACAGCCGAGCAGCUGGAAGAGCUGGAGAAGGCCUUUGAAAGGACACACUACCCAGACAUCUACACCAGAGAGGAACUAGCCCAGAGAACCAAGCUCACCGAGGCCAGAGUACAGGUUUGGUUCAGCAAUCGUCGAGCAAGGUGGCGUAAACAAGCUGGAGCCAAUCAACUGGCAGCAUUUAACCACCUGUUACCUGGAGGGUUUCCACCCACAGGCAUGCCCACUUUACCAACAUACCAGCUUCCUGAGUCCACCUAUCCUUCAACAACAUUACAACAAGACGGCAGUGGCACGGUGCAUCGGCCCCAGCCGUUGCCCCCCUCCACCAUGCAUCAGGGCGGGCUCUCGAGCGACAGCAGUUCCGCCUACGGCCUCUCGUCCAACCGCCACGGUUUCUCCAGCUACACCGACACCUUCAUGAGCCAGUCAGCGAGCAGUAAUCAUAUGAAUCCCGUGAGCAAUGGACUAUCUCCACAGGUGAUGAGCAUCCUCAGCAACCCUAGCGCUGUGGCCCCUCAGCCCCAGCAUGAGUUCUCCAUCUCCCCCCUGCACAGCGGCCUGGAGGCCUCCAACCCCAUCUCAGCCAGCUGCAGCCAGCGCUCUGAGCCUAUCAAGACCGCUGACAGCCUGCCCUCCUCCCAGUCCUACUGCCACCCUACGUACAGCACCACCGGCUACAGCGUAGACCCGGUCACUGCGGGCUACCAGUACAGUCAGUACGGCCAGACUGCGGUGGAUUACCUGGCUAAGAAUGUGAGCUUGUCCACACAGAGAAGGAUGAAGCUCGGCGAGCACUCGGCUGUGCUCGGACUGCUACAGGUGGAGACGGGACAGGCGUAUUGAUGGAUCUCGAACUGAACAUCCACUCAUCUGUUUCACCAGCAUCCCUCCAUGCUUUUUGCAGCGCCCACACAUGGUCCAUCUGACUAGGAGUGAACGAGACCAAGAGAAGUUACAAAAUCACGGGCAGUCUUAGACUUUCUACCUAUAGCAGCGUGAAUACAAAAGCCAUUCCACAUAAAAAACAGACACUAUUGUGCUGCAUCUCCUUACUCGUCCCGAUCCUUUCUCUCUUUCACAACAAAGAGACCCUUUCAGGGCUUCAGAAAGAAGCCGAGGGAAAAUGAGCAUCAAUUGUCUGUGCCCAAAUCACUAAAGCCCUGCCCGUCGGCAUCCAGUGUUAGCACACAUAGGCUACAGCUGCAGCCGUUGGCCAUUCCAAACUGUUCGGACCAUGUUGUUUAUAGAAAAUGAUGGUAUUAUAAUUAUAUUUGUUAUUAUAAAUGUGGUUGUUCCUAUUGCUGUUGCAUUUACUAUUGUAAUUACUCUUUGUUUACAUGUUUCAUUUUUAUUUUUCUCAUGUUUAGUUCCUGUUUCUAUUUUAACCACAGGGCCUUGCUUUGUAACAUUACAUUUCUGAUGGAUAUACACAGAGAGAUGCUGACAUUCCACAAAACCUGGGCUAGUCAAUGUGUUUCAUCUGGGUUGGUGGAGCCUUGAUAUGGGGCAAAAAAGCAGUCUGUGACCUGCUCUAUAUGGGUGGAAAGUGUUUUAGGGUUAUCAGUGUUAUUUAUGAUGAUUUUGUCUUAAAAACAUACACUGUUCUGAAAUAUGAUGACCAAAUGAUAAAAAUACAUUGUUUUCAUUCUAAUAUUUUUUUGCAUUGAACACAGACUAAUUCUUGUCUGUGGUCACUAUAAUUACCAUAAUAAUGAGCCCUUAUGGGGAAAUGCCAAUUUUAGCAUUCUAUGGCUUUUGAUAUACUUUCUCAUAUGCCUCUCUGCUAUUCAUGGAAAGUAUAGCUUAUGAUUUAUCCAAGAACUUAAAAACAAUCAGAUAUUAGCCACUGAAUGGCCGAAGGGCGAUUUGUGUAUUUAUGUUUCAGACGUUUGGAAGAGGAUGUACUAAAUUGGUAGCACUUUUUAUUCAUGAUGAGGAAAUUAAUUAGUCUCUGUGGUCACUGUAAAAUGAACUGUAGAAUGGGAAUCAGAUUUUUCGCAGUUUGUAGAGAGAAGUGGACUUUUACUGUAAGUCUUAUGCCAUUUACAUAGGUAAAAAGUGUGAUGGUCUCUGAAUAAUUGUCUUGAAGAAAAAAAAAAUUCUCCAAAAUAUUACAUUGAGAGGUGGAAUAUAUGGCCACAUUUAUGGAUUCUGUGUUUACAUUUAAUGUUUGCCACCACGGCUCCUUAUUCCACCUUUUCUCAACUGUGUUUUUAACCUCAGAGACAAUUUCUGUGGCUAAGAUGAACUGAAACUAAACUGUGCUCCAGUGUGCCCUAAAAUGCCAUAUAUAUUCAGGACAAUAACAUGAUAAACAUGAACACGUGACCAUGUGCCAACUUAAGACUGAGGACAUUUCCAUUUUAACACUUAAAAUAUUUUGUAGUAAAUGAAAAAGACAAAAAAGAAAUGUGAAAAAAAUCAUGUUUUUAGUGUGUAGCACUCAUUUCUACUGCAAGCAUUAAUCUACCUUUGGGAUAUUUGAAGCACUAUCCAACUGGGCGAUACACCUUUCCCAAAUCUCUUUUCAACCUCAGUUGCUCUUUAUUCUUUCAUUGUUUACCUUUUUGCGCAUAUGUAAUUUUCUUUGAUAUAUUUCCGUUCAGCAUGUGUGUAUAUUAUCAUGGCAUAAUUUAUUCAGCUGUAUGAAAUACUAGCGUAGUGGGAACUUGUAUUGGCAUUUACUACCUUCAGCCUGUUGGUGUCUUUACUGUAGCACUGGCAUAUCUGUUAUGGAUUAAAGCUCA